CCCAAACCAGUCUGAAUGCUGAGUGUUUCUCAGAUCUCCAGGACUGUUGCGGAAGAAACAGAAAGGGGGAAGCUGGGCAGAUACCCUCCUUGGCCAGGAAAGAUUGUUAACCCACCUAAGGACCUGAAAAAACCUCGUGGAAAGAAGUGUUUCUUUGUGAAGUUUUUUGGGACUGAAGACCAUGCUUGGAUUAAAGUGGAGCAGCUGAAGCCUUACCAUGCUCACAAAGAGGAGAUGAUCAAAAUCAACAAAGGCAAAAGGUUCCAGCAAGCUGUGGAUGCUGUGGAGGAAUUCCUCAAGAAGGGCAAAGGGAAGGACCAGGCGGCUUCUCAUAACUCCACCGAAGAGAAGAACCGGCGGAAUUCCAGCGAGGAGAAGGGCAAGCAGGCCCUGGCAGAGGAAAAACUCAAAGCUGGGUUGUCUGAAGGGAAGCCGAAAAAGAGGAUGUCUUCGGUUUCCUCCGAGCGAGGGGUGAAAUGCCCAGUGAAGAGAACCUACGAGCAGAGCCCCCGGAAGCGAGGGCGCCCCCCAAAAGAUGAGAAGGACCUGACAAUCCCUGAAUCGAGCACGGUGAAGAGAAUGAUGACCGGCACUGUGGCCGGGUUUAAAUGGCCACCAGGUGUAAGCGAGCCUGUGAAAGAUGGUGACCCGCAUUUCCAUCACUUCCUGCUUAGCCAAACAGAGAAGCCGACCGUUUGCUAUCAGGCCAUCACAAAGAAGCUGAAGGUGUGUGAAGAGGAAACCGGUUCCACCUCCAUCCAGGCCGCAGACAGCACAGCUAUUAAUGGCAGCAUCACUCCUACAGACAAGAAGAUAGGGUUCCUUGGCCUCGGCCUGAUGGGGAGCGGCAUCGUGUCCAACUUGCUAAAAAUGGGUCACACUGUCACAGUCUGGAACCGGACUGCAGAAAAGUGUGAUUUGUUCAUCCAGGAGGGGGCACGGCUGGGAAGAACCCCCGCUGAAGUGGUCUCAACCUGCGACAUCACUUUCGCCUGUGUCUCUGAUCCAAAGGCUGCCAAGGAUCUGGUGCUCGGUCCUAGUGGAGUGCUCCAGGGUAUACGCCCAGGAAAAUGCUAUGUGGACAUGUCCACUGUUGAUGCAGACACCGUCACAGAAUUGGCCCAGGUGAUCGUGUCUAGAGGUGGUCGCUUCCUGGAAGCACCCGUCUCAGGGAACCAACAGCUCUCUAACGAUGGGAUGCUGGUGAUCUUAGCUGCUGGAGACAGGGGCUUGUAUGAGGACUGCAGCAGCUGCUUCCAAGCGAUGGGGAAGACCUCUUUCUUCCUGGGUGAGGUGGGCAAUGCUGCCAAAAUGAUGCUGAUUGUGAACAUGGUCCAAGGAAGCUUCAUGGCCACCAUUGCAGAAGGACUGACUCUGGCUCAAGUGACGGGCCAGUCCCAGCAGACCCUUCUGGACAUCCUCAAUCAGGGACAGCUUGCCAGCAUCUUCCUGGACCAGAAGUGCCAAAACAUCCUGCAAGGAAACUUUAAACCAGACUUCUACCUGAAAUACAUCCAGAAGGAUCUCAGAUUAGCCAUUGCACUAGGCGAUUCUGUUAACCACCCAACUCCGAUGGCAGCUGCAGCCAAUGAGGUCUACAAACGAGCGAAAGCGUUGGACCAAUCUGACAAUGACAUGUCUGCUGUGUACAGGGCCUACAUCCACUAGGCUGACCCCCCCCCUUUCUUGUUAAUCCUAUGAUUAUUAAUGAUGAUGAUGAAUACUGGGUUUUAACUCUGGACCAGUCCAUCUCUGUCUGUCUGUCUUUCUCUUCCACCUUGCACCCCUUUCUCUUGGUUUCGUUUUGUUUUUUAAUACAAAAACUCUUUUGAGAUCUGCUACACGGGCAGUUGCUGCAGCCACGAGGGUGGUUGCUAAAGCAAGCCUUCUUGUUCUGGCAGCAGCGAGAGUAGAGAGGAGGAGGAGGAGGAGGGAUGGAUCACUGGCCUACUGACAACGGAUCUGGACCAUCCACAGAGAGUCCCGGAAUGGAAUUGGCGGCAGGCGACUCUUGCCAAAAAAUAUCCACUGCUUGGCGUUCUAGUUCUCAUUUCUAUGAGUGUCCCGAAGUUUAUCAUUAUUAUUAUUAUUAUUGUUAUCGUUAUGAUUGUUUCUAACUGCUGUUUCACUUAUUUGCUGUGGGUAAUGUAUAUGUUGGCCUCCCUUGUGCGUGAAGGACAGUUGAAAGAUGGACAAUGUCCCGCUUAACCUGUGAACCUUGAUUGGGGUAAGAACCUGGCCUUUUUUAAAAAAAAAUGGAGGAAAGUCAAAAAUUAUUGUGGAUGAUUGGAAUAUCCCCUCCCCCCCCCAAGGACUCAGUGGAAUUAUUUCUUUUAAAAAACCAAACAAACGGGCUGUCUCUGUCUACGCCUUCUAUGGAGAUAGCUUUUUAGGGAACCCCAGCACAGGCGUGAUGAUGGAUUCAGAGAGUCUGCAUUCCCAGAAAAGCUAACCCAUACUGGGCAUUGCUGUAAGACCAUUUGAGAUAUUUGAAGAGAGAACUCUUCAUGUGUCCCUUGAUUUCUAAGUCAGGCAGUGUGCCCAUUCACACCUGCUGUCUCAUGGCUGUUACAGUUUGCUAAGGUUAUUUGGGUUGUUUUGGGGCCGGCGGAUAGUGGUAGGGCAAGACAAGCGUGGGCCUCUUGUGAUUCCCGAAAAUCUUGAUUUCAGGUUCUCCUUUCCGUAAGGGUGGAGGACAGAGAGGGGGCGUGUUUCACAGUAAACGCCUGACCGCUGACUUGCAAACUCUACUUUUGUGACCAGUCAAAUGUCAGCGCCACCAGACUAUGAACUUAAUAUGUUGUAAUCAGUUGAUGGAGUGACAAACUCUCCCCCAAGAGCAGAGUGUCCAGGUUCCCGAGACUUUGGAAAUACCUUGCCAGUUGAGUGGGAAAUACUUUUUGGUGCCCCCACAGCCGGCCAGUCUUACGGCAUCCCCUCCCAAAUGUAGAUAAUCCCCAUGAAUCAACUGCCUGUCCGUGAGUGGGUGUGUGUGGGUGUGUCGUUUUUGAGUUCAAAAAGACAACAUGACUUUCCUAACCAGACCAUAUGUGUCUCCUGUACCAUUUUUAAUUCUCUCUGGCAGCCCUUUUGACUUUCAAAAUGGAAUGUAAGGGUUGAGGGAAGGUGGCACCACACGUACAGAAAGAAUUGCGCCCUUUACGAGAUGACAAGGCAAUUUUUUUGAGUCUCCUAUAUUUUCUUUUUAAAAAUCCCAAUCAGUAUUAGCUGUUGAAAAGAGUUCCAUGCUCAUUCGAGAAAGCCUAUGUGGGGUGGAUGGGCGGCACCCCUUUGCUACACCCCUCUCAUUUACAGGUGUAGCUGCCUCUCCAAAUGUCGGAGUCCCAGUAUAUGUGGACUCUCCCUGUCAACUUCAGUUUUAUAAUAAUCAUAUCACGUGGAUGAGGCCUGCAGCUUCUGCCGGGCUCCGGGCUGCGCUCCCAACGGAUGACCUUGUUUCUAAAAACGAACACAUGGUUGCGGAUAUAUGGAUCUGUGCCCCCAGAUGGGUUUUGAUGCAAUCGCUGGUGUUUCUGGAAGGGCGCUCUUCUUUAGAAACCCCAAGGGGUUUUGCUAAAGAUCUUGAGAACCUACGCAGCCGAUUAGAGAAAGAUAAAGGGUUUCCUAACCUGUGUGAACUGUCCAUAGAAGUUGUAAAAUGUUUGAAAAGAAACAGUAGAACCCAGAUCAUUUUGUUUUUUUUCUGCCUUCAACUCAAAACAGAACAAAACCACACACAAAACAGCCAGUCUGAAGGGAGAGUAAGAGAGAUCUGGAACGUCUUCCACGCAUAGCCUCUCCGGUGGGGUUUUUUUGGACAAGGUGUACGAAGAUCUGCAAAAUAUUGCAGUCCUUCCUAUAGGACUUUCCAGGGACUGGGACACCAAGGAAGACUUUGCGCUAAGAUGAGGCAGUUCCUGAACUGCCUUGGAUGCCAUUUAAGGAGGAAUGUGUGGUGCCUUAAGAAUUUUCUUAGGGCAAGAGCUUUCAUGAAUCAGAGGUGCACUUUUCUUAAAGAGUACCCAAGACUUAACUGUUCCACGCUGUGCAGUCCCUCAGAUUCAGGAGCCUGUUGUCAUUCAAAAUCCUUAUAUGGUUCUUUUCAAAUUCCAGUUGUUGGUGGUUGGGAAGGGGAAGGAUGGGGUUACAAGAGAUGAUGAUGAAACUGGCUUAGUCAUUGUUGUCUUAAUAUUGUUGACAAUACUGUAAAGUUCCUUUUUAAUGGGGAUUUCUGUUUCAGCCAUUGCUCUCUUUUUUUUUUUGGUUCCUUCUUUUUAAAGAGAAAAUGUGACACUUGUGGAAAGCUUGUAAGAAAAUAAGCAGUUUCCUUUUAAUUCCCUCCCAUUUGAUGACUGAUCUGUAGGUAAUUAAGGUUGUGAAUUUUUUUUUAAUUUUUAUUUUUGCCUUGUUUUUAAUUAACGUUUGUUAUUCAGAAUAGGAUGUGUGGUGAUGAUUAAACGGAAAAAAAAA